CGAACAUCUGGCAGCAACAGAUGUAAACAAUGAAGGCCCUGCCAGUUGUCACCUUUGUCUUAUUUAGCGUCAGUGAAUGUGUUAUUUCCUUCGAUAUCACUGGUGGGCUUUUUAAGACAUACCCAAAGCACCCAAAUCUACAAUACUAUGAAGUUAUUGAUUCAUCGGCUUUCAACCACCACAUUGUUAAGAGAGGGAUUAAAGAGAGUAGUCAUCGAUUCAAUAAAAUCAAAGAAGUUCAGUUCAGUGCAUUAGGAAGGGAUUUCCGUUUGAUACUCAAUCCUCGGAAAGGACUACUCCACUCUCAGUUCAAAGCUUAUGCUAUAGAUGGGAAGGGCAAUGAGAAGAUCAUUCAUGUGGACCAUGAAAACUUUUACGAAGGUCGCGUGUUUGGGGAGAAGACAUCAGAAGUGUCGGCCCACUUGGAAGACGGGGUUAUGACAGCAACCAUACGCACGCCUGAUGACACAUAUCAUAUAGAGCCAUCAUGGAGACACAUACCAGAUACCAAAGAAGACUCAAUGAUCGUGUACAGAGGAUCAGAUGUGAAGUACAGCUGGGAAGACAAUCAUCCAAGUCUCAAAGGACACAAAAUGUGUGAUUAUGUUAAAGAAGGAAAUGAAACAACAGAGACAGACGAUGGAGAUGAAGAAUGGAUAGAAGGUUACGAGCCUCCAGAUGGAAUCAUCCCGGAGACUUUGCCUGAAGAGCAUGGCCCCAAAAGGAGAGUCAAGAGACAACAGGCGGAACCAUACAACUUCAAUGGGGACAAGACACGUUGUCCACUGUUACUCGUGGCUGAUUACCGCUUCUUCAGGGAAAUGGGCGGAUCAAACUACAAGACCACUGUAAACUACCUGAUCAACCUUAUUGAUCGUGUGGACAAGAUUUAUGAAAACACAGUAUGGCGAGAUGGUGUGGACACAGCUGAUUUCUCUGGCAUGGGUUUUGUCAUCAAGAAAAUUUUAGUACACCAGGAAUGGUCUCCAGUAGGUUCCAACCAAGUGCACUAUAACAUGGAACGCAGCUCCUGGGAUGUGCGUAACCUCUUGGAGGUGUUUAGCCGAGAGUACUCUCAUAAGGAUUACUGCUUGGCACAUCUCUUCACCGACAUUAAGUUUGAAGGGGGAAUCUUGGGCCUUGCUUAUGUAGGAUCUCCUCGCAGGAACUCAGUUGGUGGAAUCUGCACUCCAGAAUACUUUAAGAAUGGACACACUCUCUACCUGAACUCCGGCCUGAGUUCAUCCAGGAAUCACUAUGGGCAGAGGGUGAUCACUCGUGAGGCAGAUCUUGUCACAGCACACGAGUUUGGACACAACUGGGGCUCAGAGCAUGACCCAGACCGACCGGAGUGCAGCCCCAGUGCCAGUCAAGGAGGGUCAUAUCUCAUGUACACAUAUUCUGUGUCUGGUUAUGACAUCAACAACAAGAGGUUCUCUCCAUGCAGUCUCAGAGCAAUUCGUGCUGUUCUAGUCGCCAAGUCCUCUCGCUGCUUCACUGAGCCCGAGGAGAGUUAUUGUGGCAACCAGCGUGUAGAAGGCCAGGAAGAAUGUGACGCUGGGCUGGUAGGCCAGGAUGACUUAGAUGCUUGCUGUGACAAGCACUGCAAAUUACGAGAGAGAAAAACUUGCAGUGACAGGAACUCUCCCUGCUGCCAGGGCUGCCAGUACAUGAACCAGGGUGUCAAGUGUAGGGAGCAACAGCCAGCCACAUGUGAGAAUGAGUCCAGGUGUCUGGGCACGACAGCAGGUUGUCCCAAGGCCAAACCUAUGGAAGAUGGCACUCCCUGCAUUGAGAAGGGCCAGUGCCACCAGGGGUCCUGUCUUCCCUACUGUGAGACUCAGGAAAUGCAGAGCUGCAUGUGUGAUACCAUUGAUGACGCUUGUAAAAGGUGUUGUCGCAAGACGCUGAACGACACCUGCUUCCCCGUCACACCCUUAGACAUCCUUCCUGAUGGCACUCCCUGUAUUCAUGGAUUCUGCAAUAAGGGAAAAUGUGAGAAGACCGUGCAAGAUGUUGUAGAACGUUUCUGGGACAUCAUAGAGGACAUUAACAUUAACACUGUACUGAUGUUCUUGCGUGACAACAUUGUAGGGACAGUCAUCAUCAUCUCUGUCAUCAUCUGGGUCCCUGCAUCAUGUAUUUUCAGUUACGUUGACCGCCGGCGACAAGAGGAUUACCGCAAGGAAUGUGAAGAGUACAGAGCCUUUGUUGAGCGGUGGAAGAGAAGGACUGCUGCUCAUGGUUUCCCUAAGCCUAAAGUAGCCACCACCUCCUUUAUGGAUGUAGUUGAUGAUGCAACCAAAAGUCUUCUUACUAGACCUACUGAAUAGCUGUAGCUCCACACCUCAUUAUCAGAGCACCUGUAUUUGCCUUUGAUGCUGUGAUUGUUUUUUUUUUUUUACAAUUCUUGCAUGAAUAUUUAUGAUUUAUGGACUUAAUGUAUCUAUGUUAUAUUUCCAAAAUGUAUGUAUCACAAAGGGGUAAAGAAUAUUUGCAUGAUUGCUCAUGUAGUUGCACACUAAGUCUUGAUGUGCAAACACGUUUAAUGCAUAAUACUCCUCUACUUCAUCCUUUGCCCUUUCCUUGUUCAAUGAGUUUCUAUUCCGCACAGUAUCUUUUAAACAACAGAUUUUGCAACAUGUCUCAGAAGGUAUGUUUCAAUAACUAUAAUCUGUUCCAUUAUCUCUGGGACAAAAUUGGAAGUUGAAAGGAGGCCAAAACUCAUCCAGAAAUUGGUAUGUUGUAUGUAAAAUUGCAAUCUUUUCAAAAGUUAUUGUCUCAAACUAAUACAAUUUUGCACUAGACUUUGUGGAACAUCCCAUAGUAAAUCUUUAUCAGGACACAAAAAGAGUGCAGAAAAUAGGGAUGGAGCAAAGGUAAAGUAAACUGAAACAACUUUGGUUUUUAGUCAUUGACUAGUCACGGAUUUAUCUACUAUUGUUAGGUUUUGUUGCAUGCAAUACUGUGUCUUUCAGAUUAUUAUUAUUUUUUUUUUUACAUAUUUUGUCACAAAACUUGACAUGUGUUUCUGGUGCCUCAUGGUAAUGAUUUUUUGAGGUAGCGGGUUUUUAAGAUUUUCUGAAGUGUCCUUUGCACUAGUUUCAAGGUUUUUGUAAAUUUGGUCUCUUCAUUGAUAAAAAUGUUAAAAAAAGACUUGAAAAGAUGUAUAAUUCUAAAAGAAGCAAAGUGAAAGUGGUACACACACACACACACACACACACA